AUGGCAUCCGACGAUGCAACCGACGAUCGCGACGCGCUCGACGCGCUGGAGCUGGAGGCCAAGGAGUUUGACAAGGAUGCCGAGAUAGAUCGCAUUUUAAAGGCGUUUCGCCUCGAUGCGUAUGCCGUCCUCGACCUCCACCCAGGUGUGCCCGAGUCCGACAUCAAGAUCACAUAUCGCAAAAAGUCGCUUCUCAUACAUCCCGACAAGACUAAGAACCCGCGUGCGCCCGACGCCUUCGAUCGCCUGAAGAAGGCCCAAACAGAGCUCAUGGACGAGAAGAAGCGCGCCAUCCUCGACGAAGCCAUCGCCGACGCGCGCAUGCUCCUCAUCCGCGAGAACAAGUGGACCGUCGACAGCCCCGAGCUCAAGACCGACGGCUUCGCCAAGAAGUGGCGCACCAAGUCGAUGGAGGUCCUGAUCGAUAACGAGCACCGCCGCCGCCGCCAGUUGAAAGCCCAGAUGCAGGAGGAGGGCCGCGAGCAGCGCAAGGAGGAGGCCGAAAUGGAGGAGCGCAAGCGUAAGCGCAAGCACGAACAGGACUGGGAGGCUACCCGCGACCAGCGCAUCAACAGCUGGAGGAGUUUUCAGAAGGGCAAAUCGACUGGCAGCGGGGACCCCGACAAGAAGAAGAAGAAGAAGCUGAAGCCCAUCGGUUGA